AUUCAGGGUAACUUCACUGUGGUCCAGAGAAAGGAGGAGAGGAUGUGACUGGUUUUCAUGUGUGUGUUCCUCCUCCUGUCCCCCUUUUUUCCGUCGAAAUGGGGCUCGGUGGAAAUUAACCAACGCAUAUGUCCUCGACUUCUCACCCUUACCUUUGGAGAAUGAUCCACCGGCAGGUUAUUUUAUCCCAGGUUUUGGUCUGCUUUGGGUUGACUGGUCAUUAUGCUGAUGCAGCUCUGUAGUUUCAAGAAUUUGUACCAGAACCGGUUCCUGGGCCUGGCGGCCAUGGCCUCCCCGACCCGCAGCGGCCAGACGCGGCAGCGCUGUAAGGACGCGGUCCGUCACAGCUGUGGCCCCGAGACCUACGCCGUCAACGGCCUGGACCAGGACGCCUUCAUGCUGGGGCUGCCGCGCUCCACCAGCGACACCGACCUGGUCUCCCCGGACGCACGCUCCACCCUCGCCAUCAGCUCCUCCCACUACACCAUCGGACAGUCCCAAGACCUGGUCAUCACGUGGGACAUCAAGGAGGAAGUGGACGCCGGAGACUGGAUCGGAAUGUAUCUGAUUGAUGAGCCUCUGUCUGAGAACUUUUUGGACUACAAGAACCGAGGCAUCAGUGGAUCUCACAAGGGACAGAUCGUCUGGAAGAUUGAUUCCAGCUCCCACUUAAGAGACGGUGAGACGCAGGUGUGCUUCAGGUACUACCACGGUGUCACUGGAGCGCUGAGGGCCACCACGCCGAGCGUGACCAUCAAGAAAGCCCCCCCACCCGUGUUGAAGCCUGUGGUUAGUCCUGAGGUCAACCAUGGACUGGGCAACAGGAGGCUCAUUAACUUCUCCCUGUCAGACCUCCAGGCCGUUGGACUGAAGAAAGGCAUGUUCUUUAACCCCGACCCGUACCUGAAGCUCUCCAUCCAGCCGGGGAAGCACAGCAUCUUCCCGUCGCUGCCCCACCACGGCCAGGAGAAACGCUCCGGAGUCGUCUGCAACACCAUCAACCCUCAGUGGAGCACGGAGAGGUUUAGCUUCGUGUCUUUGCCCACUGACGUCCUGGAGAUCGAGGUGAAGGACAAGUUUGCUAAGAGCCGUCCCAUCAUCAAGCGCUUCCUGGGGAAGCUGUCCGUCCCCGUGCAGAGGCUGCUGGAGAAACACGCCAUCGGGGACCGAGUCGUGAGUUACUCCCUGGGUCGCAGGUUACCCACAGAUCAUGUCUGUGGUCAGCUGCAGUUCCGCUUCGAGCUGACCUCCUCCAUUCAUCCAGAUGAUGAGGAGGUGUCUCUGGUGAUAGAGCCUCCCUGUCCCGAGGGGGGAGGCGCAGCAGACGCCGACGAUGCUGCUGACGACACGCUGAGCGUGGGCCCCGACAUGCCCGACCUCCCCCUGGACGCCCCGCCCGACCACGACACCUCAGCACAGCCGGCCUCCACGCCUGAGGAGGUCGAGCCCGGGGAGAAGGAGGAGGGUGAGGAGGAGAGCACAGUCAGGGAGGAGCCCCCGGCUUCUGAUCCACAGGUGGAGCAGCAGGAGGAAGGACAGGAGGAGGAGGAGGAGGAGGAGGAGGAGGAGGGGAACUCACCUGAACAGCAGGAGGAGAGCAGCGCAGGGAGAGGAGAGGAGGGGGCAACAGAGGAGAGGCAGCAGGGGGGAGGAGAGGAGGAGUCGACUCAAGAAGCUGAGGAGGAGGAGGUGACGGCAGAAGGAGGAGCAGAGGAGGAAAGACGGCCGGGGCCUGAGUCUGACGGCCCUGAAGCAGCAGCAGUGGCGCAGGAUGAGGAGGCUCCCUCAGAGCCAAACACCUUCUCCCAGGAUGCACCUGCAGACCCAGGACCCGAGGACGCCCCGCAGGAGACGAGGGAGGGAGGAGAAAGAAGCUCUGCCCCCUGCUCCUGCCAGUCCCUCUUCUCCAACUACAACUGCUCGGCUCCUUCGCGCCGCAAGAACCGGCCCUGCUCCCUCCCGGUGUCCGAGCUGGAGACGGUGAUAGCGUCGGCCUGCGGAGAGCCGGAGACGCCGCGCUCACACUACAUCCGCAUCCACCACCUCCUCCACAGCCUCCCCUCGGCCCAGCAGAGGCCUCCCAGCCAGGAGGAGGAGGAGCCGGGAGGGGAGGAGGGCAAUACCAGCAGCACGCUGGACAACAACGACACAUCGCCCACACUUAAGACCUCCAAAGAGGAGGAGGAGGAGGAGGAAGAGGAGGAGGAUACAACCCACUCUCCCUCUCAGGUCCCAGAGUGUCCAGGCCCCUGCUGCCGGCGCACGCUGCCCCGCAGCCUUUCCAUCGAACGCCUCUCUGAGCUGAACCAGCUCCUGGAGGGUGAAGGAGGAGGAGGAGGAGGAGGAGGAGGAGGAGGACAUGCAGCGGUCAGGAGGAUCUCUCCGUCCUGCCUGGAGAGCGAGGAGGUGGACUCCAGUAACAGCGGAGGGAGACGAGUCGGAGGCAGCACCCAGAGACCGCCGGGGGAAAACGAAUGCGAGUUCUGCGACACCUCCUGCUACAGCACCUCCUGCUACAGCACCUCCUGUUACAGCACCUCCUGCUACAGCAACUCGGGCUACGAGGGGAGGGGUCGCUUCUGCAGCCACACCCGCCUCUCCUCCGUGGACAGCAACCGGCUCUCGGGCAGCACCGUGUUCUCGUCCCAGGACGAGGAGGACGAGGACGAGGAGAGCGCCUUCGAGUCGGUGCCGGAUGGCGGCUGCAGCCCCGAGGGUCCGGAGGCCGGCGGCUCGGGAGGAGAGAGGAGGAGGGGGAGAUGGAAGGAGGCCAGGAGAGGAGAGCAGGGGGAGACGGCUGUGGCCGGGCCCAGUGACAGGAACAGCAUUGGCUCAGGCUUCUCCCCUCCUGUUGGCCAUCUUCCAGUCCUGCGACCCAGCCAUGACCUAAACCAUUUUCCUGCUGCCACUGAUCAAGCCUUACCUCCAAACUGGGAAGCUCGCGUCGACAGCCACGGCAGAGUUUUCUACGUGGACCACGUCAACCGGACCACGACCUGGCAGAGACCGAGCCACGGAGGCAAGUGUAGCCACGGCAUCCCCCGCUCUGGAUCCACCCAGCAGAUGGAGCAGCUCAACCGGAGGUACCAGAACAUCCAGAGGACCAUGGCCACCGAGGAGGAGGGCGGGGGUCCGAGGUUGGAGCGCAGCGGCAGCACCGAGACUGAUUCAGAUUCUCCUCCGACAGGCCCCGCCUCCCCUGUCAGUCACCAGAAGAUCAGCCAUCUCCUCCAAUCACCUGCUGUCAAGUUCAUCACUCACCCAGAAUUCUUCACGGUGCUGCACAGCAACUAUGCAGCCUACCGCAUGUUCACCAGCAGCAGCUGUGUGAAGCACAUGAUCCUGAAGGUGCGUCGUGACGCCAGGAACUUCGAGCGCUACCAACAUAACAGGGACCUGGUGGUCUUCCUCAACAAGUUUGCAGACACCCAGCUGGAGCUGCCCCGGGGCUGGGAGAUCAAGACUGACCCCCAGGGGAAGUCUUUCUUUGUGGAUCACAACAGUCGAGCCACGACCUUCAUCGACCCGCGAAUCCCUCUGCAGAACGGACGUCUGCCCGGCCACCUCGCCCACAGGCAGCACCUGCAGAGACUUCGCAGCUACAGCGCCGGCGAGGCCUCUGACGUGUCCAGGAGUCGUGGAGCUUCUCUGAUGGCCAGACCUGGAAACAGCCUUGUGGCCGCCAUACGAAGCCAGCACCAAGCAGACCCACAGCAGCUGAGCGCUCCAUCGUACAACGACAAGAUCGUGGCGUUCCUUCGACAGCCCAACAUCUUUGACAUGUUGCAGGAGAAGCAGCCCAGUCUGAGCAGGAACCACGCGCUGAGAGAGAAGAUCCACUACAUCCGGACUGAGGGGACUCAGGGGGUGGAGAAGCUGUCCUGUGAUGCAGACCUGGUCAUCCUGCUGAGUUUAUUUGAAGAAGAAAUCAUGUCUUACGUCCCACCUCACCCCAUCCACCCCGGCUUCAGCUUCUCCCCUCGCUGCUCACCCGCCUCCUCACCGCAGAACUCUCCUGGUCUGCAGAGAGCCAGGGCUCCGGCUCCUUAUCGCAGAGACUUCGAAGCCAAACUACGAAACUUCUACAGGAAGUUAGAGGCUAAAGGUUACGGCCAGGGACCAGGAAAGAUCAAGCUGCUGAUCCGGAGAGAACACCUGCUGGAAGGAACCUUUAACCAAGUGAUGGCGUAUUCACGCAAAGAGCUGCAGAGGAACAAACUCUACGUCACCUUCCUGGGGGAGGAGGGGUUAGAUUACAGCGGUCCAUCCAGGGAGUUCUUCUUCCUCUUGUCUCAGGAGCUCUUCAACCCGUACUACGGCCUCUUUGAAUACUCAGCCAACGACACCUACACCGUUCAGAUCAGCCCCAUGUCGGCGUUCGUUGAGAAUCAUCUGGAAUGGUUCCGUUUCAGUGGUCGUAUUCUGGGUCUGGCUCUGAUCCAUCAGUACUUACUGGACGCCUUCUUCACCAGACCCUUCUACAAGGCUCUGCUCAGACUAGCGACGGAUCUGUCUGAUCUGGAGUAUCUGGACGAGGAGUUCCAUCAGUCUCUGCAGUGGAUGAAAGACAACGACAUCACGGACAUCCUGGACCUCACCUUCACCGUCAACGAGGAGGUGUUCGGUCAGGUGACCGAGCGAGAGCUGAAGUCGGGCGGCUCCAACCUGCAGGUGACCGAGAAGAACAAGAAGGAUUACAUCGAGAGAAUGGCCAAGUGGAGGGUGGAGAGAGGAGUGGUGCAGCAGACGGAGGCGCUGGUCAGAGGCUUCUACGAGGUGGUGGACUCCAGGCUGGUGUCGGUGUUUGAUGCUCGGGAGCUGGAGCUGGUCAUCGCUGGGACGGUGGAGAUUGACCUCGGUGACUGGAGGAGCAACACGGAGUACAGGGGAGGUUACCAUGACGGCCACAUCGUGAUGCGGUGGUUCUGGGCGGCCGUGGAGCGCUUCAACAACGAGCAGCGCCUCCGCCUGCUGCAGUUUGUCACCGGGACGUCCAGCGUCCCCUACGAGGGCUUCGCCGCCCUGAGAGGGUCCAACGGCCUCCGACGCUUCUGCAUCGAGAAGUGGGGCAAAGUCACGUCACUACCCAGGGCUCAUACGUGUUUUAACCGCCUGGACCUUCCUCCCUACCCCUCGUACACCAUGCUGUAUGAGAAGCUGCUGAUCGCUGUGGAGGAAACCAGCACGUUCGGUCUGGAGUGAAACAAACAAACCAAAACACACCUGAGAGCAGCCUCUGGUGCUGAAACAUGUCACGAACGUACCGGAGCGGUAGCGGACACAGUUUUUUGGUCGUGUGGAUAUAAUGUACGUCACUGUCGUGGUUCUACGUGUUCCAGUCUGUCACUUAGCCGUGAGGAUGUUAAUGACCACACCCAGCACUUAGGGCAUCACCGCAGGACGACGACUAUUUUUAUAUCAAUCAGUAAGAGUCGGGAAUGUGAGACACUACACUGACUUUUAAAAAAAAUAAUAUUUAUAUAUACAUACACAUAUAUAUAUAUAUUCAGUCUGUGCAGGCGAAAAGGAGUCGAGAUCAUCAUGUUGCAUGUACUAAAAGGCAUCACCCGUACAGUAAUAUGAAAUGCUAUCAAAGCCAGACACAAAUAAAGAGCAAUGUACAGAAGUAAGAAGAAUAAAAGCAGCAGCACGUUAGCACCGGAAACAACUUUACCUGACGACGGCUCGAGUGCUUGAGAAUGUGUUGGAAUUUAUCUUUAAUGCAGAUUUAAGGGAAAUGAAAUUCGGUGAGAGACUUUUAAGUAUAUAAAUAAUGUGUCAGAGAUGGAUACACACAGAUAUAUACAGAUAUAUGUCCUCAGGUGUCUGGCUGUUCCUACACAUUCUAGACAAAUUUAGAAAUGUGUAAUGCAGACGUGGGAAAAGCUCAUGAGUUGGAUGCAGAGUCCAGGAGCCUCCUCAUGCCAAAGGAACAAUCAUGUUUAUAAUCCGGAGAAGACAAAGAUCAAUAUAACUAUGAUCAUUUAUGUGGACCUGAGAUACUGAACAUAGAGAGAUGCAGAGAAGCUGAUGGAUAAGAGACUGUACUGUGCAUCAUGAAAAUUCAAGUUUAUAUUAAAGCGAUAUCAUGUGCAUUCCAGGAAGAAGCUUUUAAAAUGAAAACGAAAUGUGACUCAGAUCGAGUGAAGCCAACACAUUCUCACGCUAAUCUCUCAGUUAACUACAGAAAUGAUUUCGUUUUAUUUCAACCACCUCUUCAGUAACCGGCCGAGACGCUAGAGAAGCCACAGAGAAUUCUCUGAGGAGUAAAAGUCGUACACUGGAACUGGAGAAAGAGCAAAUAGAGAGAUUUAAUUUCAUAUAAUCCUGGUCCUGCUGGUUAGUAUACUCCCUUACAUCCUGUACAUGCACCUCCUGGACAGACUACAGGUCACUGGUAUUACGCAGGUCGUCCAACAUCUGGACCUGCAGCCUCCCAUAGUUUGUGACGUGCAGCCGGACUCUGACUGUUUCUUUCAAGCUUUUCUCCUCCGCAACGUUGUCACAAACCGAGACGACGACAUCAUGUCCUCUACAAACAAACAAACAAACAAACAAACAAAAAAAAAAUAGUAGCCUUCGGUUCCAACUCAAGGGCUCCUGGGACUUGGUCUGUAGAGGCCGAGCAAACGGGCAGAGAACUCUUCACCAGGACGGUGCUCCAGACCUUCUGCUCCUCCGGCCCGUCCGGCUGUUCGAAUGGAAGCUGCUCGGACUCUUCUUCAAGUCUUCCACUGACUGAACUUCUCCUCUCACCGUCAUCAUGGUGUUGCUCUCUCGCAUGGAGCAGGUACUCCAUCAUGUGGACCUUUACAGUCUCAAACAGUGUGACUGGUGCAAAGCAGCAUGUAGGUUGAACUAGCUUCCACUAAGCAAUCUAGUGUACAGGGGGCGGGGCCGGGGGCGGGGCCGGGGGCGGGGGCGGACCAGCCAGUGUAAUAUAUGCAAUAGUCAAGACCUUUACUCCCAUCUGUUCCCCACUCCACCAUCUUCUUUCCUCGUCUCCAGCCCAGUAAUGAAACUGUGCCUCAGUUACUUACUGCCUCAUCUGUUGCCUGUGGCUCAGUUCUCAGUCUGACAUGAAGGAAAAGUCCAGACUUCUGAUAUUUGCCUUUGGUUCUUUCUGAAAACAGCUUCUGGUCGUGUCGGGUUGAUGAGACGAGGACUUUGUCAGUUGUCCCGCGUCUUCAUGGGUGGAGUUGUUUAAAGGAGCCGAUAGAAUUGCAACCAGGGAGCAUUAAAAGUGUUGAAAGGGUGUAAAACAUGGACACGUAACCUCCUUCAUCCCACGUUUAACUGCAGCCUUCAUUCAUUAAAAUGUCUCAACGAGUUCUGAAGUUAACAAGCAACACGGAUGUUUCACGUGUUCUAAAUAAGGUCCAGUCCAGAACUCACAUUAGCAUCCGGGCAAUCUGGUUUCUAGAGUCCAGGUCUGAAUCCAGGUGUGAACACUGAUCUGGUUUCUAGAGUCCAGGUUUGAACUCUAAUCUGGUUUCUAGAGUGCAGGUGUGAACACUGAUCUGGUUUCUAGAGUCCAGGUUUGAACUCUGAUCUGGUUUCUAGAGUCCAGGUUUGAACUCUGAUCUGGUUUCUAGAGUUCAGGUGUGAACACCAAUCUGGUUUCUAGAGUCCAGGUGUGAACUCUGAUCUGGUUUCUAGAGUCCAGGUUAGAGUCUAGGUGUGAACACUGAUCUGGUUUCUAGAGUCCAGGUUUGAACUCUGAUCUGGUUUCUGGAGUUCAGGUUAGAGUCCAGGUGUGAACUCUGAUCUGGUUUCUAGAGUCCAGGUGUGAACACUGAUCUGGUUUCUAGAGUCCAGGUGUGAACUCUGAUCUGGUUUCAGUCCACAUGUGGGGGUGACAUAUGUGUCCUCAUUCCUUUGGUUGGUGUGAACACACAAUGAGUCCUGGUCCCAUUAAAAACCACCUACUGAGCAGAAGAGGAGUUGAACUCAUUCAUUCAUCCACUGGUAGAAAUGAUCACGUGAAAAAAUGAAAAUACCGUCUCAUCCUGUGGUUAAUUGCUGAUGUGAUCAUGCUGAUGUGGAAGGAGCCGUGUGGAGUUCAGUUACAUAUUUCCUCAAUAAUCACAUAAAAGUGUCUUUAUUUCCUUUAUUACCGGAGGUCACGGUGCGUUUGGAAGCUUCCAGGAAUCUGAGUUUAGUGCAAUUCUCUUAUAUAACCAACGUCAGGACGGAGGUCGAUAAAUAAAUAAUAACUUGUGUUGAAAAGCUCUGUUCUUGGUUCUGAAACGGCGAUAGAGACACGUGUUAAUAGCAGGUCUGAACACGGACACAAAAAGCUGGACAGUUGUGAUCAGACGUUAAUACGAGGCCUAGUUUCCGUUGGCUAGACACAAUAAAAAAAAAGAAAAAGAAUGCUUCUUCUGCUUGUUCGUGCUCUUUAAAAAGUCGCAUCGCACGUGUGUUUGGGUUAAUUGUUGGAGGUCAUGUGACUAGUGGUCGCACCAGUUCAAACCGAGCGAAGGUUUUAGGAAGUGGAGCUUUAUGCAAACUACAACUCACAAAGCUCCAGCGUUAGCGAGGUAAUAUAUAAAAGAGGUAACAUGUACUCAUAUCUGAUCCGAAAACUAAAAAAAAGUGAAAUAAUUCUUGAUUAAUUUCAUAACUACCGGUUUUACAGUGAUUUGAUUCAUCUUCAUGUGUCAAAACAAAAAUCUGAGUCUAAUUUGUUUCUAAGAAUUUAGUAAAAAAAAAAGAAAAUCUGUUGAAGGAUUAAUGGAGGACUGGUGGAGCUGCUGAAGCGGAUUACCACCGCCCCUCUGGUUUGGGGUCGGGUCUGCGCCCCCCCUCCCCAGCUUGUACAGACCUGUGUUCAGUGUCUGGCUGUAGUUUAUGUAGCAGGUGGUAAAAUGCUGGCGUGGAGUUGGUGGAUAAAUGUUUAGUGAAUUCAUUAUUUUUAUUUUUCCAGAAUGAUACCUAAACCCUUGACAAUCAUUUCCUAAACGGACCCACACUGUAUCUGCAGAUAUUUGAGCAUAAAGCAAGAAUGGUUGGAGCUGGAUGUUUUAAAAAAAAGAUCAAAAGUCUUUGAACAUAAUCCGGGGUUUCACACAACGAUGCAACGUUUUGUCCUGUGCGACCACACGGUGCAGGACUCCCUCCGUCCCCUGAGCCUCAACUGGACUUAUGUAAGAGCUUGUCCACAUGUUUGUCGCCUGACCUGACCAGCAACCUGUCAGGUCUCAAAGCCUCUUUGUUCCAGAUGUGUGAAAAGUUCAGAAAAUGUUGUAAGAUGAAGUAAGAACUUGAGGCUGUUGAAUUGUCGUUGGAGGCUGUUGUGGUGGUUUCUGUCGUCGUUGCAUCGGUAAGGCCUUAUCCUCCUCAUCCAUCUCUACGUCCACCAGGACAAGGCUGUGAUUCUGUUGCAUCCCCCGUCUUCUUCUUCUUCUUCUUUCUUUUUUUUUUCUACGAUCUUUUGUACUGUUAUUUAUACUGUGCUGUAUUUAUAAGUAAGGGGAAGUCUGCAGCUUUCCUCGAAUGUUUCUGUUGUUUUGCAGUUUUUCGGCGGAGCCACGAGGAGCCUCCGUCCGUCGAAGAGUUUGCCUUCGCUUUCGAAGCCUUUUGUGUUUUGAUAUGUGUCUUUUUCUAUUAUUGUUGGUUGUUAUGCCACAAACUGGUGCGGAAACAGUUUCGUCUUUGUCCGUUCGCGUAGCAGUGAUUCUUUUUCUCACUUCUGAGCUUCUGUCAACGUUAGAUUUAUUCCAUGUUGCUUCACUUUGUCAUGACUCUCAGAGCUGCAUGCAUCCAGCAACUAAUCUGAGCCGUGGGUAGUUUAUGACACAAAAAUAAGACAUUUCUUUUAUCUUGUUUUUAUUCUAAUUGUAAAUCUAGAACACUGAUAUUUAUUGUAGAUGGAGAAUGAUUACGAAAACACUGAUUUAUUUGAAGUGCACUGAUAAAGUUGCUAUAGAAAUAUUUAAACGUGAUGUUGGUGAAGGAUCAGAGAAGGGAUCAUGUGAAUGAGUGGAUAUGGACUGUGGCAACUUUUCUGGGAGGUGACGAUGAAGCAUGCAUAUUCUUUAAUUUAUUUUUUAUAUAAUUUUUUACCCCCUCCCCCUCCUUCAUUUCUGGUUUUGUGUGCGUGAAUUAAACACACAUGAACAAACAUGUCGAACCAGUGCAGUGCUGAUCUGAUGAAGAACGGGUUGCUAAAUACUCAGGCUGUGCUAUCGCUCCACCGUACCAUACUGCUGUUUAUGAAUCUCAAUAAAACAGUCACUUUGGUACCUA